AUGGCUUUGAGAGGAAUUGUUACACCCAUAACUCGAAAUAUAGGGUCCGAGAAUGCUACGAAAGGAAUAUAUGAUGGAUUUCAAAAAAUAAAGGAAAUUACUGAUAAGCCAUUGGACAUUGAAAGGGUUUCCAAAGUAAUCGACACUAGCUUAGACCCAAAAAUAGUGAGGUUUCAUACAAUUAUAGGGCUAAUUUUAAGUGCGAGAACAAAUAAUGUAAACACAACUAAAGCGAUAACAAAACUCUUAAGUAAAGGAUUAACUGUUGAAAAAAUAGUGGAGACCCCUGCUGAAGAAAUUGCUAAUGAUAUUUACGGAGUGAGUUUUCAUAAUAAUAAAGCCAAAUAUAUCAAAAAUGCUGCGAAAAUGAUACUUGAAAAAUAUGAUGGGGAUAUCCCGAAUGAUUUUAAAAAAGUUAUUGCUUUGCCUGGAAUUGGCCAAAAAUCAGCUAAUUUCUUUUUGCAAAUAAGAUAUGGCAACAUAAAUGCAAUGGCAAUAGAUGCACAUGGGCAUAGGAUAGCAAAUCGGCUUGGAUGGGUGAAAACGAAAAGUGUUGCUGAAACGGUUAAAAGUCUUCAAGAAAUUUUUCCAAAGGACAAAUGAGAUGAAGUAGGCUAUGCCCUCGUUGAUUUCGGAAUGGGAAUUUGCUCUUCUCAAAAGCCAAAAUGUGAGAAGUGUAAUUUGCAAAGCUUUUGCGCAUUCUAUAAAUCAAACUCUAAAGUCAAUUAA